CGAGUCUUGAGUCUUCCUCUACUUCUGCCCGGCGUCACUGUCGGGUGCGGGAGCCAGUAGCUGCUUCCGCCCGGAGUCCCUAGCGGGUUCGGAUGCCGCCCGACGCUGGGUUCUCCUCCUCCGCGGCCCGCCCGUCAGAGGCCGGUGGCAGCGGCUCUUACCAGGCCUGCCGCCAGGCCUUCUCUGUGGCCGAGUCCCCGCCAGCGGUGCGCACCCCGCAGGCCUUGCCGCACCCGCCCAACCGGGGCGGGGCUCGACCUCCCGGGCCCGCCCAUUAGGGGGCGCCUCAUCGGGGCGGAUUAACCGCCUCCCCCCUGGGGGAGUCGUCAUCCCCCAGGCCGCGGCCGCCCAGGGACCAUGGAGUUCGCGGAGCUGAUUAAGACCCCACGGGUGGACAAUGUGGUGCUGCACCGGCCUUUCUACCCCGCCGUGGAGGGGACUCUGUGUCUGACGGGCCACCACCUGAUCCUGUCCUCCCGGCAGGACAACACGGAGGAGCUCUGGCUCCUCCAUUCAAAUAUCGACGCCAUUGACAAACGAUUUGUAGGCUCCCUGGGUACCAUCAUCAUAAAAUGUAAAGAUUUCCGAAUUAUUCAGUUGGAUAUUCCUGGGAUGGAGGAAUGUUUAAAUAUAGCCAGUUCCAUUGAGGCAUUGUCCACUCUGGACUCAGUCACCCUGAUGUACCCUUUCUUCUACCGACCCAUGUUUGAGGUGAUGGAAGAUGGCUGGCAUUCCUUCCUUCCUGAGCAGGAGUUUGAGCUCUACUCCUCCGCUACCAGUGAAUGGAGACUGAGCUAUGUCAAUAAGGAGUUUGCCAUCUGUCCUUCCUACCCACCAGCAGUCAUUGUGCCAAGUCCAUCGAUGAUGACGCUCUUCGGAAAGUGGCAGCCUUUCGACAUGGGGGGCGCUUCCCGGUACUGA